AGACAAUCAAAAGUCCCACAUCACAGACAAACAAAGAGUAAAAAAAAAUGUACUGGACAAAACCACUCAGCAAUUUGAUCCUGACCGUGGACAGCAUUUCACUGCUGAUUGGCCUCCCUGCCAACCUGCUGUCUCUCUACACCUUUGUUCUGAAGCUAAAACAAAAAGCUAUGCCUCUUGACGUAAUCCUGCUCAGCCUGACCAUCUCAAACCUUAUCACUCUCAUCUUCCUCCCGAUCCGCAUGAAAGAGGCGGCCGACAUGAAAUGGACACUGAGCUACUUCCUGUGUCCUCUAGUGGGAUACAUCCUCUACACCACCAUCUACAACAGCACCUUGCUUAUAACAGCUAUCAGUGUGGAGCGCUAUCUGGGAGUGGCCUUCCCCAUUAAAUACAAACAACAACGGAAUCCUCGCAAUGCCGUGGUCGCUGUUGUCUUAUUCUGGGUGAUUACUCUGGCCCAUUUCAGUGUCAUCUACAUUGUACAGAAUCAUGAAACUCAUAAUGGAACUGAACCGAACAGGGACUCCUGCUACACCACGUUUAACGCUAAGCAGUUGAAGAUUAUUUUGCCCUUCUGGCUAGAGUUGUUCAUCGUACUUUUCUUCAUACCUUUUAUGAUCUGCAGCUUUUGCUACAUCAAGUUUAUUCUCAUCCUCUCCCAGUUACCUAACUUCAACCCUAAGAAGCGCUGCAGGGCCAUUGGAACUGUCAUAGUCACCUUUCUGGUCUUCAUCAUUUGCUUCAUGCCUUAUAAUGUGUCCCAUCUGGUGAGUUUUUCUGGAUGGUAUGUUCCCAAUUGGAGAGUGUACACUCUGCUUCCCAGCACCUUCAAUGCCUCUUUGAAUCCCUUCAUCUUUUACUUCUCAUCUUCCUUGCUACGAAAGACUUUUGCCCAGUGCGUAGGAAGACUCAUUAAAAAGCUUCAAGAAUUCUGCUUCUGGAGAUGGUUCAAAUACCUUAAAUUUAAAGAGAAAUUUCAGAAUUCCAGCGAAAGUUCUCAAUGAAUGCCAUUUCACAGUGUAGUAUUGCAGACAGGACUGAUCAUGACACAGUGACUAAUUUUAUUAGUAUGAAGUGCUACAGUAGCUCAAUGGUUAAGGUGUUGGACUACUGAUCAAUAUUGAGUUCAGAUUCCAGGACCACCAAGCUGCCACUGCUGGACUCUUGAGCAUAGUCCUUAACCCUCAACAACUCAACUUGAUAAGUGAAAUAAAUAUAAGUCACUCUGGAUAAGGGCUUCUACCAAAUACCUUUUUUUUAAUAGCAAUAGUACAGAACUAAACUUCCAAAUUUUCCCAUAUUCAAGCAAAGUCCAGUGAUGGAUAUCAACAUGAACAUGGUAUAAUGAGGAAUAUGACAUUUGAGUGCAUUUGUGUCUAGUAUUGCUCAGUGUUUUCUUUUCAACAGAGCUUGGAUAUCAGAGCUUAAACAUGUGACGUGGGUUCUCAUCUUCAUCUAGAGAUGGAAACAUAAUGAAAGUUUACAGAAUGUAAUAAAAAGCCAGUGCAUGAAGAAUUAUUUGUGAUUUUUCUGUGCAGUAUUGUAGAAUACAUCUGAAUAAUUAUGCAGUAUUAUAAUACAUGUAAAUAUUAUGUUAUAUCACUUUAAUUUAUGGCUGGAUGUUAAAGACCAUGUCCGCUACAGCUUAUAUUAGAUUACUGCAGAUGUUGUACAUGCAAAGUGAUGUGUUUGAUAGAAUUAAAAAAAAAAUCAACUCUUUUUAACCUAUUAACAAAACAACAAAAUAAACAACAAAUGAUUUAAAUUUAAAUCUACACAUGGGAGAAAUUUUGUAUUUUGUAUAUUUCUUUUUUAUUUUAUUACGAACUCCUCUAUUUUAGUGUCUAUGCAAUUAUAUAUCUAUAUCUAUGUAAUUAAUCAGAAUAAUUUUUUUUUAAUUGUUGAACAAAUGUUACAUAAAAAGUAAUUGUUUCACAUUUUAACAUUAAACAUUGCUUGUUUUGGAAUUUGGACAAUUUUCUGGCACAUAAAUCAUGUCUAUAUAAUAAAAUUAAUAUCAAUUCCAGGAGUGGAAAGAGAAGUGAAGCAAAUAAAUGGAAUGUUUUUCUUACAUUUCGCACAAGAUCGCAUAAAUCUUACAUGCCUGUAAUUCUCCAUCAGUGUUUAUAUUUCAUGGUCUGAAUCACUGUGUACAGAUAAAAAUAUUGCAUAAAGCUAUGAUCUAAAAAAAACCCUCACAGUAUCCCUAGAAAGAGGAAAUAACUG